GUGUGACGGAGAGAGAGUGCUGAGGUUGAAGCGGGAAACAAUGGCAAUUCCCAUGUUGAGGGCUGUAAUGAUAUCUCAUUCUCAAUCUCAACAACUCAUUCAUUCCCUAUCUGCUAUCAAUGAAACUGCUAAGAGGAGGAAAAGAGUGGUGUUCUCUUCUUCUUUUUCAGAACUUAACCCUUUAAUUCGGUCAGAAGUAUCAUUUUGUGUCGGGACUUGCCUCAUUCCACAUCCAAAAAAGGUUAACACAGGUGGGGAAGAUGCUUUCUUUGUUAGCAACUAUAAUGGGGGAGUCAUUGCUGUUGCUGAUGGGGUCUCUGGUUGGGCUGAAGAGGACGUGGAUCCUUCUUUGUUCCCUCGUGAAUUGCUUGCUAAUGCUUCCAAUUUUAUUGAAGACGAGGAGGUGAACUAUGAUCCUCAAAUUCUUAUAAGGAAAGCACAUGCUGCUACUUCCUCCACAGGCUCAGCCACUGUCAUCGUUGCUAUGCUGGAGAAGAAUGGGACUCUGAGGAUUGCUAAUGUUGGGGAUUGUGGAUUAAAACUCAUCCGUAAUGGCCACGUAGUUUUUUCCAUUUCUCCCCAAGAGCACUACUUUGACUGUCCAUUCCAACUAAGCUCUGAGAGAGCUGGCCAAACAUACCUUGAUGCAGCGGUAUGCAAUGUUGAGUUGAUGGAAGGAGACACAAUUGUCAUGGGAUCCGAUGGCCUUUUUGACAAUGUUUUUGACCACGAAAUUGUUCAAACAAUUGUUAAAUACAAAGAUGUUGCAGAAACUGCAAAGUCAUUAGCUAACUUGGCAAGCAGUCAUGCAUUGGAUUCAAAUUUUGAUUCCCCCUAUUCCUUGGAAGCCAGGUCUAGGGGUUUUAAGCCCCCCUUAUGGAAGAAGAUUCUUGGAAUGAAGCUUACUGGUGGAAAGCUUGAUGAUAUUACAGUAAUAGUUGGUCAGGUUGUGAGUUCAUGAGAUUUGCUUGUUAUGCAUAUGAAAGAAGACAAUUUUUUUCAUUGGAUAAUUUUUUUUCAUAAACACUUGAAA